AUGCGUUGGACUUCAGCUGCCGGGCUUCAAGUCUUCUGCCAAUGUCCUCGCCUUCUGCCUGACCCAGCGCUUGCACAAGCGGAUGCCUGGACACAUCGUCGCAUCGAUCGGGACAGCCUCAAGCAUGACGUCCCCUUCACUUCCUUCACCAGCAUGGGAAAUCUCUUCUGUGUGCAUGACCGAUUCACUGGAGGCUAUGUUUGCGGGUCAGCAGUUGAAGAGCGCCUCGCUUCCUCGGACAUUGGCGUAGAUGUGAGCCGUGAAGAUCUGAUGGUUGCUCCUCGAGAUGUGAGACUUUGA